AUGUAACCUGGAGCUCAGCCGUGACUGUCAGUGAUGGCCAUAAGCAGCUGUCUCUACCUAAGAUUAGGGAAUUAUCAAGACAGCAAAUCGAAGUUGGUGAGUCAUUGGGGUCAGGACAGUAUGGAGAGGUGUACCAUGGGAGGUGGCUAGCUGGAAGAGGUGGUCCAGUGGAGGUGGCCAUCAAGACCUUCAGCCCGGAGAAGGGGAAAAAC